AUGAAGAGAAACUAUGAUGCACUAACUCCUGAAGAGAGACGACAAUAUAUAGACAAAGUUAUGAACCGCAAGAAGCUGAAGAAGGAAAAAGAGACAAGUAUUGCUAACAAUGAUCAUAAUUCCGAGGAAGCCAAUACGCAUUGUAUAAGAAUGUCUUCUAAUCAAAAUGAUUCAAUUCCUGUUACAAGGAAACAUCGAACUCCACCAAUUCGUUGGCUUCUAAGAGCACAAAUGAUACCUUCUCAAAUAUCAAAUGGUUUAACCAUUUAUGAUCCUGCAUGCUCGGAGCUUCAUGAAUUGAGAAAAGUCCAUGCAUGUAUCUAUUGUCAUGCAAUCAAAUUUGAAUAUGAGCCUCCCACAUUUUGUUGUGGCAAUGGAAAAAUUAGGCUUGCUCCUAUAGAAAUGCCACCAGAAAUGUAUGAAUUGUUUGUUUCUCAGUCAGAAGAGGCUAUAAACUUCCGAAAAAAUAUACGUGCCUUAAAUUGUAUAUUCUCUUUUACAUCACUUGGUGUCAAAUUAGACAAAGAGCUUGCAUCUGCAAAGCGCGGGGUUUACACUUUUAGAGCACAAGGCAUGGUAUAUCACGAUCUUCCAGGAUUAAUACCAACAGAAAGUGGUCCAGCGAAUUUUCAAUUAUAUUUUGUGGAAACUGAAACAGAGACCGAGAACAGGAUGCAAAUUCUAAACAAGUCAGAUUUAUCAGAAGAAAUAGUGAACAAGCUGAUGCGAAUUAUGGAAGAAAAUCCUUAUGCCAAAAUCUUUAGAUCGUUAAAGGAUUACCCGUCUAUGGAUGAUGUUCAGUUACAUAUCUCAAAAGACGUCAAACUAGACCAGCGAGUUUAUAAUUCUCCAACUGCUGAUCAAGUUGCCGCUGUUUGGGUAGAAGGGAACAAUCCUUACGUGCCAAAUGAACGAGAUAUUGUUAUCCACGCCCAUUCAGGCCGUAGACACAGAAUAAAACAUUAUUACGGAUGUUAUGAUCCAAUGCAAUACCCACUCUUGUUUCCUAAGGGUGAUUCAGGAUGGCACCCUAAUAUUCCAAAAAGUGGAAGCCAAGCUGCAACUACUGUUGUUCCAGCAAUUCAUCCAAUAAGCUCAAGAGUAACCCCCUUUACUUCUGCUAAUGAUGUCCUCUCACGAGAGCAACAAGGACGUCUUCUACAACAAUAUGUAGUCGACAUGUACAUCAAAUUAGAGACCACGAGAUUGGAUUAUUAUCGACAAAAUCAAUCCAAUUUGAGAUCUGAAUUAUAUCAAGGUAUCAUGAAUAGUGUCCUCAAAGGGGAGACAAGAGGGAGUGAAGUUGGAAAAAGAGUUGUCCUUCCAGCAUCUUUCAUCGGGGGACCAAGAGAUAUGCGUCGUAGAUAUCUUGACGCAUUGGCUUUAGUCCAAAGGUUUGGAAAACCAGAUCUUUUCAUUACAAUGACGUGCAAUCCAGAAUGGAAAGAGAUUCAGGAAAACUUGUACGAUGGACAAAAGGCUCAAGAUCGUCCAGAUUUGACGUCAAGAGUGUUUCGAGCAAAAUUACAAGAUUUGAAGGAUCAAUUAUUUAAGAAAGAGAUAUUUGGAAAAGUUGUUGCGCAUGUCCAUGUCAUCGAAUUUCAGAAAAGAGGCUUGCCUCAUGCUCACAUUUUGGUAAUAAUGAAGUCCGAGUAUAAGAUAACAAGUCCUGAUAACUUUGAUAGAUUUGUUAGCGCAGAAAUUCCAGAUGAAGAACAAUAUCCUCUACUUCAUGCCUUAGUUCGCAAGCAUAUGAUGCAUGGGCCAUGUGGAGAAAAGAACAAGCAGAAUUCUUGUAUGGUUGAUGGAAAAUGCAAAUAUCAUUAUCCACGAUCAUAUUGUCAAAGCACAAUUCAAGGUAAAGGUGGGUACCCAAUCUACAGAAGAAGAAAUACUGGAAUUAAUGUUGAAGUUCGUCGAGCUAAACUUAAUAAUCAGUGGGUGGUACCUUACAAUCCGUAUCUGUUGACUAGAUAUAAUUGUCAUAUCAAUGUCGAGAUAUGUUCGGGAGUGACAGCAGUGAAGUAUUUGUACAAGUAUAUCUACAAGGGACAUGAUAGAGUGGCCAUUAAUAUCUCACAGAAUUCUGAAGAACAAACGAUCGAUGAGAUUAAACAAUUCCAAGAUGCUCGAUGGAUCUCAGCUCAAGAAGCAAUUUGGAGGAUUUUCGAAUUCGAAAUGAAUGAGAUAUAUCCACCUGUUAUUGAUCUACAUCUUCAUCUUCCUAACCAACAAUUUGUGACUUAUUGGGCAAACCAAAAUUUAGAAAAUAUUCUUAGAUGGGACCAUGUAUCUAAAACCAUGCUGACGGAAUAUUUUUCAAUGUGCUCAAAAAGUGAAAAAGCAAGAAAGCUUCUUUACAAAGAAUUCCCAGAACAUUAUGUAUGGGAUAAGAAGCACAAAUGUUGGAAUGAGAGGAAGAAAAGAGAUGUCAUAGGACGUAUACAUGGUGCAAAUCCUAUGGAAGAGGAGAGAUAUUAUUUGAGGUUACUACUGAAUCAUGUCAGAGGCCCGACAUCUUUUCAGGAUCUCUUAAGUGUAGAUGGAAUACGAUGCUCUAAUUUCAAGGAAGCCGCCCAAAAAAGAGGCUUAUUGCAGUCCGAUCAAAGUAUCAUUGAAUGUUUAAAUGAAGCCAUCUCUUUCCAAAUGCCACGUGAAUUACGAAGACUAUUUGCAAUUAUCUUGGGGUAUUGUGCUCCAACAAAUGUGAGGAAUCUAUGGGAUACAUACAUUGAAGCAAUGUCUGAAGACUUCAAAAAACAACCAGGAACUUCAAUUCAGUUACAACAUACCAAAACUUUGGAAAGUUUGAAUUUUUUCUUGGAAAGCAUGGGAAAAACACUAGAGUCAUAUGAUCUUCCAAGUAUUUCAACAGAUACAAAAAAUAAAUCAGCUGACUGGUCACGAGAAAUAGAAGAGGAAUUGUCAUUGGAAAUUCCUAUGGAAGAUCAGGAAGCUGAGACUAAACUGAAUGAGGAACAAAGUAAGGCUUUCAAUGCAAUAUUAGAUUGUGUGCGAAAAGGGAAGCCUGCAAUGUUCUUCAUUGACGGACCAGGAGGAAGUGGCAAAACAUUUUUAUACCGUGCACUUUUGGCUCAUCUCAGAUCCAGAAAACAAAUAGCGAUUGCAACAGCAACAUCUGGGGUAGCGGCUGCAAUAAUGCCUGGGGGAAGAACUGCGCAUUCACGUUUUAAAAUUCCAAUAGAUGCCACUGACUCAACUGAAUGCAAUAUAUCCAAGCAAAGUGGAACUGCUGACUUAUUCCGUAAAGCAAAAUUGCUUAUAUGGGACGAAGCACCUAUGGCAAAACGAUGGGCCAUUGAGAAUGUAAAUAAAUCCCUUCAAGACAUAAUGGGAAAAAAAGAGCAUUUCGGAGGCAAAGUUAUUGUUUUUGGAGGAGAUUUUAGGCAAGUGCUACCUGUUGUUCCAAGGGCUACAAUUCACCAAACAAUUUAUGCGAGUUUGGUCAAAUCAAAUCUUUGGAAUAAUAUGGUUAAAAUCACUUUGACAAGAAAUAUGAGAGCACAUAAGGAUACAAAAUUCAGUGAUUUUUUACUCAGAAUUGGCAAUGGAGACGAGCCAACAGACAUUGAAGGGAAUGUCAAAAUUCCAGAUGACAUGAUUGUGAACUAUGAUACUGAAGAAAGAUCUAUACAACGCCUAAUUGCUGAAAUUUUUCCAAGGUUGACAAAUAAUGCCCAUUCGUCAGACUACAUGACAAGUCGAGCAAUACUUGCAGCAAAAAACGAGGAUGUGGACAAAUUGAAUGAAAAGAUGAUUUCAAUGUUCCCGGGAGAACCACAAACAUUUUUUAGUUUUGAUGAAGCAAUUGACGAUACAAACAAUGGUUAUGAAGAAGAUUUCCUCAAUUCUCUAACUCCAAAUGGCUUGCCUCCCCAUAAGCUGCUAUUGAAGAAAAACUGCCCACUAAUUCUUUUGAGAAAUUUGGACCCUUCAAAUGGUCUGUGUAAUGGAACGAUAAUGGUAUGCAAAGAUUUCAAGGACAAUGUCCUUCAUGCAGAGAUUGUAUUUGGUCAACACACAGAGAAACAUGUCUUCAUACCUAGAAUACCACUUUCACCGGCUGAAAAUGAAGGUUACCCAUUCAAGUUUAAGCGCAAGCAAUUUCCAGUUAGACUUUGUUUUGCAAUGACUAUAAAUAAGGCGCAAGGACAAACAAUACCUAAUGUUGGAGUAUAUUUGCCACAAUCGGUAUUUUCUCAUGGCCAACUAUAUGUAGCGUUGUCAAGAGGAACAUCAAUGUCUACAACUAAAGUCUUAAUCAAGCCAGACACUAACAACGUUAGGGACAGAAUGACAACAAAAAAUGUUGUCUACAAAGAAGUACUCAGUACGGGUUCACAUGGAGUUCUACAAAUUUACAAAUACCAUAACGAUGUGUUCUGA